AGUGGCGAGGCGGCGGCCGCUGAGUCCGUGGUGGCAGAGGUGAAGGCGACAGCUCCAGGGGUUGGCAGCGGUCGCGAGAACAGGAUGCAGGUCCGGGUCGGGCUGACGCUACUGCUCUGUGCGGUGCUACUGGGCUCGGCCUUGGCGUCCUCGGAUGAAGAAGGUAGCCAGGAAGAAUCCUUGGAUUCCAAGAAUUCUUUGCCAUCAGAUGAGUCAGUAAAGGACCAUACCACCACAGGCAGAGUAGUUGCUGGUCAGAUAUUUCUUGAUUCAGAAGAAUCAGAAUUGGAAUCCCAUAUUCAAGAAGAGGAAGAGAGCCUCAAGAACCAGGAGGGGGAAAGUGUCGCAGAAGAAAUCAGCUUUCUAGAAUCUCCAAAUCCAGAAAACAAGGAUCAUGAAGAGCCAAAGAAAGUACGGAAACCAGCCUUGACUGCCAUUGAAGGCACAGCACAUGGGGAGCCUUGCCAUUUCCCUUUUCUUUUCCUGGAUAAAGAAUAUGAAGAAUGUACAUCAGAUGGAAGAGAAGAUGGCAGACUAUGGUGUGCAACAACCUAUGACUACAAGACAGAUGAGAAGUGGGGCUUUUGUGAAACUGAAGAAGAGGCUGCUAAGAGACGGCAAAUGCAGGAAGCAGAAACGAUGUAUCUGACUGGAAUGAAAAUCCUCAACGGAAGCAAUAAAAAAAGCCAAAAACGAGAAGCAUAUAGGUAUCUUCAAAAGGCAGCAAGUAUGAACCAUACCAAGGCCUUGGAGAGAGUGUCAUAUGCUCUUUUGUUUGGUGAUCACAUAACACAGAAUAUCCAGGCAGCUAGAGAAAUGUUUGAAAAGCUGACUGAGGAAGGCUCUCCCAAAGGACAAACUGCUCUUGGCUUUCUCUAUGCCUCUGGACUUGGUGUUAAUUCAAGUCAGGCAAAGGCUCUUGUGUAUUAUACAUUCGGUGCUCUUGGCGGCAAUCUAAUAGCCCACAUGGUUUUGGGUUACAGGUACUGGGCUGGCAUUGGAGUCCUCCAGAGUUGUGAAUCUGCACUGACCCAUUAUCGUCUUGUUGCAAAUCAUGUUGCUAGUGAUAUCUCACUAACAGGAGGCUCUGUGGUACAGAGAAUACGGCUACCUGAUGAAGUAGAAAACCCAGGAAUGAACAGUGGAAUGUUAGAAGAAGAUUUGAUUCAGUAUUACCAGUUCCUAGCUGAAAAAGGUGAUGUACAAGCACAGGUUGGUCUGGGACAACUGCAUCUGCAUGGAGGGCGUGGAGUAGAACAAAAUCAUCAGAGAGCAUUUGACUACUUCAAUUUAGCAGCUAAUGCUGGCAAUUCACAUGCUAUGGCCUUCUUGGGAAAGAUGUAUUCAGAAGGAAGUGAUAUUGUACCUCAGAGUAAUGAGACAGCUCUUCACUACUUUAAGAAAGCUGCUGACAUGGGCAACCCAGUUGGACAGAGUGGUCUUGGAAUGGCCUAUCUCUAUGGGAGAGGUGUUCAAGUUAAUUAUGAUCUGGCACUGAAGUAUUUCCAGAAAGCUGCUGAACAAGGCUGGGUGGAUGGGCAACUGCAACUUGGUUCUAUGUACUAUAAUGGCAUUGGAGUCAAGAGGGAUUAUAAACAGGCCUUGAAAUACUUUAAUUUAGCUUCUCAAGGAGGCCACAUCCUGGCUUUCUAUAACCUAGCACAGAUGCAUGCCAGCGGCACAGGUGUAAUGCGAUCAUGUCACACUGCAGUGGAGUUGUUUAAGAAUGUAUGUGAACGAGGCCGUUGGUCUGAGAGGCUUAUGAUUGCCUAUAACAGCUAUAAAGAUGGUGACUACAAUGCUGCAGUGGUCCAGUACCUCCUGCUGGCCGAACAAGGCUAUGAAGUGGCACAAAGCAAUGCAGCCUUCAUUCUUGAUCAGAGAGAGGCAACCAUUGUUGGUGAGAAUGAAACUUAUCCCAGAGCUUUACUACAUUGGAACAGGGCUGCCUCUCAAGGAUAUACCGUGGCUAGAAUUAAGCUUGGAGACUACCAUUUCUAUGGAUUUGGCACGGAUGUAGAUUACGAGACUGCAUUUAUUCAUUAUCGUCUAGCUUCUGAGCAGCAACACAGUGCACAAGCUAUGUUUAAUCUGGGAUAUAUGCAUGAGAAAGGACUAGGCAUUAAACAGGAUAUUCACCUUGCAAAACGCUUUUAUGACAUGGCAGCCGAAGCCAGCCCUGAUGCCCAAGUACCAGUCUUCUUAGCACUCUGUAAAUUGGGCGUUGUCUAUUUCUUGCAGUACAUACGGGAAACAAAUAUUCGUGACAUGUUCACCCAACUCGAUAUGGACCAGCUCUUGGGACCCGAGUGGGAUCUUUACCUCAUGACCAUCAUUGCAUUGCUAUUGGGAACAGUUAUAGCUUACAGGCAGAGGCAGCACCAAGACAUGCCUGUGCCCAGAGCUCCAGGGCCACGACCAGCUGCACCCCAGCAGGAGGGGCCACAAGAGCAGCAGCAACCACAGUAACAGCCGCCACAUCCAGCCUUGACCAGUGAAAACUAAGGAACUUGUUUGCUGAGAACACUUACAUUUGAUAUAGAACUUGGGAUCAGUGGCCACUUCCUGGAAGAGGCACAAGGAAGCAUUGAAUUCCUAAAGCUGCUUAGAAUCCGAUGCCUUUAUUUUCAGGGAUAAGUAACUUAACUAAGUUGAAUGUUUGUUUCAGUGCCAUAUGGAAUAACAACUCAGUGGCUUUUCACUUUUAUUUUCUUUUUUUCUGAAACAUACGAGACACUCAGAGUAAUUUCUGCUGCAUUCAGCUAUUUAUGUCUAAUCCUUUAGGUCAUUCUUUCAAUGUGCAUAAGUUCUUAUAUCAAACAUCUUUGUCUUGUGCAUUGACACUAAAAACUGAUCAGUGUAAAAAGGAAAACUCAUAUAUUUAAAAGUCUGAAAGUAAACUUACCUUUUAAGUAAGUUAAAAAAAAAUGUCUUCAAAGUAUUUUGGAACUACAAUAACUGAGAAAUUUUUACCACACCACAUGCAAGUAUAUAUAUGCCUCAUAUUUUUUAUUUUAAAAGGGAAGGUUGGGAAGUUUCUUAUAGGUGAUUGUCAUAAUUCAUACCAUGCUGUUGUCCUUCAAAAACUGAAAGGCUUUGUUAAAGAGUUCUAUGUGAACAUCAACUCUUUGUAAUAGAAUAUAUGUAAAACUCUGUGAACUGACUUAUUGCACUAACGUGAAUUUUCCCCACCUACUCAGUGUAAUUUGCUUGCUUGUUUUGAGUGUACAGAGCCUUGACCCAGAAGCCAGAGGUUGGACUAGCUGGGAGAAAUUGGAAAGCAACAUUAAAGAAAUUUGUUUCAGUACCAAGAUCAUAGACAUACUUUCCCCAAAGUUGAAGUAUUUGUUCCCAGGUUUUAUUUUAAAAUACUUUACAUUUUUUACCGCUCAAAGAAGAUAUCAACAUCUUGAAUUCUUCAAAUAUGAAAUAGCAUUGUCAGGAUAUGGCAUACAGUAACUGCCCUACACUCAGAGAACUGAAGAUGGAUUAAGCACAGUGACUGACAAAGCCAAGGCCUGUAUGGACUACUGUGUAUGUUCAGGUGGCUUUUAUUUCUUACAGUUUUAUGUUACGGUAAAAAGUUAACCAUUUGCUUAUCUGUCAUAUUUACCACCCUCUUACUGUUAAUGUUAGGAAAUUCAAGGCUACUACACUUCAUGGUUACCUAGUUAAAUAGAUGGAGAAAAACAAAAAUACCAAAAAAAAUUGAGGACUUCGUGUAAUCUCUCAUAUGAAAGAAUUAAACCAAAUUUGAAUUUUGUUUUAUGGGUAAAUGGUGGAAUUUGCCAUCCAUUAUCUAUUCUGAGCCUACAUUAGUAAGUGAGCAGUCCACUGAUGUCAAUCUUUAUAUAUUAACCCUUGGACUGUUUUCCUAUAAUCCCCCAUCUGCCAGAAAACUUGAAGAGUUUGUUUCUCGUAGAGUUAUAAUGCUUGGUUUUUGAAGUUGGGAUUGUAUUUAGAAUUAGAUUUGAUUAGUCUAUAAUGAACAUGAAGGAUUUAAAUGUGAAGUUGUAUACUUUUUUGUGUGCUUAGAAUAUUAAGGGAAACCUGGUAAGCAAGCUUUCCUCCCAGAUAUUUGCUUCCAAAUUUGAAGAGGUGGUCACAGAGAGGACCAUACAUAUAAAAGCGUAUCUGUAAGAGGUACAGAAUGUUGCCCUCAAAAGUGUAAUGUUGCUUUGGGCUGCUCUUAUAAAUAUAGAGACCCGCUUAGUCUCUUGCACUUAGAAAUUCAAGUGCAGGUGGUACACUUUGUCAAGGUCUUUAUUGCUCCCUCUGCCCACUUCAGAAUAAGUGUAAUCUAUGUAGCAGCCACACACACUUCUAACUUUAGGAGGCACUGUUUUAAUUUAGAAGCUGAAGAAGCUGGGCAUGAAGGUACAUGCCUGUAGCCCCAGCUACUCUGAAGGCUGAAGCAACAGUCUGGGCAACAUAGUAAGACCCCCGCUCAAAAGAAAAGAGUUGUUGAAAAACCCUGUAAGAUAACUUACCAACUUCCAGUUUUUUCUUACGUUAUUCGUCUAAUUUCUUCUUGGAUUGCAUUUUUUUAAAUCUGUCUUUACUUCCCUCCAUUAGUAUAUGGAGAAAACAUUUCUUAAACAGCAUGCACUUGGGCUGGAUGGGAAAGUGAAGUCUUAUUCUUCAUGUAAUAAUAGACUUCCUGUUAGUUUACUCCUUGCUGUGUCCUUUUUUAUUAUUAAUACUGCAAAUAUCCUUUCCUUAGUUUGCUUCUAUCUCUUGUUUUACCCUGGGCCACUUGCUUUCAGAAAUUUGAAUGGUAAAAUAACUCAGUUCUUAUGGCUUCUUUUAAAGACUGUCUCAAAAUACUUUGCUUCCUUUUUCUUUUUGUUCAUGGGACAUGGUACCUAAGCAAAUAGGGAUUGGGUUUGGUUUUCUCCUAAAAAUAAUGCACAAUACUUAUGUAAUCAAAUGGCAUCCAUUUGAAUAAAGUGACAAUAACUAAAGCUAGUUAAUGUCAGUGACAUUAAACUAACUCCAGGAUUCAGGAGUUUUAAUGUUAGAAUUUAGACUUACCAGAUAGAGUGUGGCUUCAUUUCUCCACGGUAGCCCACCUCUCCUGAUACCUUUUGUAGUCUGUCUUUCAGCCUUCGAAGGUGAUGACAUUAGCGCUCUAUUUAGCGUCGCUUCUCUUGUGCAUAUGCUUUGUUGGUUAGCCAAUGGUUUCAAAGUCUUGAAACCAUCCAUUCUAUUUUAUUUUGCAAAGGUGGCACUGGUGGGGGGGGGUCCAAUUUUUUCUUUUUUGUGUUUGAAGUUUUUUUCUGUUUUCUGGGUGAGGCUUACUUUAGUUUUGAUUUAUAGUCAAUGGCACAGAAAAAGUAAAUCAGAAUUCAUUAUUUAGUAUUUAAAUCAGAUUAACUUUAUGAAUCAUUAAUCUUGAUGUUCUUGAGGAUUUGUUACCCUUUUGCAUAUAAGGUUAAUUUCUGGGACUUUUACCACUAAACUGUUUUGUCUCUGUACCAUUGGGAAGCUUUAGAAACUUCCACCAGUAAUCUGGUGAUGAUCUGAUGGUUGAUUUAUUUAAGGAGCCUCCAGGAAACCUGAUUAUUUUAUAUAUAGAAUUUCAUUCAUUUUUGCCUCUUUUCUCUGCUCUUCAUAUUUGUUCUUCUAACCAUCGUUUUGGAAGUAUGCAUGCUGGCCUGUAGAUGAAAACCACAAUUCUUCAUGUGUAUAGCAUGUGUACUAAUGUCUAACUACAUCUGCAAAAACUUCCUCUACAGAGGUUUGGACUAACAUUUCACAUACACAUUUCAAAAACAAGAUGCUUCAGGUAAAUCACCCAUUUACCUGCCAAGAAGACCAGGGCUAUUUUUGCUCCAGUGACAGCUGGUAUUUGUUUUGAAAGUGAGCUAGUAUAUAUUACACAAUAUUUGGAACAGAAGUAUGCAAAAAAUAAUCAGAGCAAAAGAAAACUUCUAUUUUUAUGCAGACUUUUUCAUCAGUCAUUGCUCAAAUAUGAGUGAAAAUAUGCAAUUAGCGAAUGCCAUAUUUUCUGAGGCACUACCUGGUUUUUAAAUGUGUAGUAUUCAUUGAAAAGAAGCUAAAUUUAUCCGCCCACUUGGUAUUUUAAGAAAAUUUAAAAUGACCCCAAAUAACAAUAUUUGUAUCUUAAGAUGACUGUUUGCACAAGUAAAAAGUCUGAUUUUGUACACAAGAAGGAUCCCUUGGUUAUGUGCAGUGAGCCAUCUCACAUGUACUGUUUUUACUAAUUUGGAUUGACCUACAAGAUAACACUAUUUCUCUUUCAUUUAAAAAAAAAUGUUGAUACGAUUCAAGUAACCACUAUAAAUAUUUAGAAGAGGAAGUUUAAAAAGACCAUGCUGGCAUUGUGAAGGAAUACCAUGGUAGACUUUUUUUGUGUGUGAAUUUAUUUUGUAUUUAAUGAAAUGCAGUAUAAAAACUGGUGACGUGUAAUAUAAUUGUGUAAACAGAAACCCUGUUAAUAGAGAGAUGUACAGAUUCGUUUUAUACUGUAUCUUGAAACUUGUGAAAUAAAGAUUCCACCUCUGGUUUUCCUGUA